CAAGAAGAACAAGGAGAACAAGAACAAUACCUAGAAGGACAACAAGAAAAAAAGAGCAAGAACAACAAGAAUGACAAGAACAAGAAGAACAACAAGAGCAAGGGCAAGAACAAGAACAAUGAGAAGAACAAUAAAAAGAAGAACAAGAAUAAGAAGAAGCUCCACAACAAGAAGAAGAUCAAGAACAAAGAGAACAAGAAACACAACAAGAGGAACAAGAAGAAGAACAACAGUAAGAACAACAAGAAGAACAAGAAGAACAGGAGGAAGGACAGGAAGAAGAACGAGAACAAAAAGAAGAACAAGAAUAAGAACAGGAAGAAGAACAAGAGUAAGAACAACAAGAAGAACAAGAAGAAAAACAAGAAGAAGAACAGGAAGAAGAACAAGAACAACAAGAACAAAAAGAACAAGAGGAACAAGAGUAAGAACAACAAGAAGAACAGGAAGAAGAACAAGAGUAAGAACAAGAAGAAAAACAAGAAGAAGAACAGGAAGAAGAAGAUGAAGAACAGGAAGAAGAACAAGAACAAAAAGAACAAGAAGAACAGUAACAGGAAGAAGAACAAGAGUAAGAACAAUAAGAAAAACAGGAAGAAGAAGAAGAACAGGAAGAAGUACAAGAACAAGAACAACAAGAACAAGAAGAAGAACAGGAAGAAGAAUAAGAAGAGAAAGAAGAACAACAACAACAACAAAAAGAGUAAGAACAGAAAGAACAAGGGUAAGAACAACAAGAAGAACAAGAAGAAGAACAGGAAGAAGAAGAGGAGAACACAAAGAAGAACAAGAACAAAAAGAACAACAAUAAUAAGAACAGGAAGAAGAACAAGAGUAAGAACAAGAAGAAGAAAACAGGAAGAAGAAGCAGAGGAAGAACAGGAAGAAGAACAAGAAGAACAAGAACAAAAAGAACAAGAAGAACAAGAAUAAGAA